UAAUCUCUCUUUGUACACAGUUACCGAGGAUGAUACCGAUGGCCUUCGAAAGAAUGCUUUGACGACAGAGGCCCUCAAAAUGUUCCACUCUACAAAUAUCAGUGAUGCUUACAGCGACACAACUUCCGAAUGGAGUUUGGAAGACGGCUUACACAGUACCUUGUACCAUCCGGUAAUCACCUUAAAGCAAUUCGAAGGCCAAGACGACAACGUCGAUGACUCUUAUCGAUCUGCUCAUGUCUCCAUUGAAGGUGAUGGCGAAUCGUUCCUAUCGGAUUCUACAUCUAGUCUGCUAAGGUUUAUGGAUCAAAUGGAUAAUGACAGCCUUUCCAGCAUCGCCAGCGAUGAUGAAUACGAUGUCGACACGUUCACAACUGUUAGUGAUCUGACAGACUUUGAUGAUGAUCUCUUGGAUGACGACAACAGUGACGUCGUGCUUGAAAUGUCUAUGCCAGAAGUCGAUUUUGGGCUGCCAGACGAUGCUUUAUCCAUUGCAACUACCUUUCUCAAUGGAAUAAUGGCUGAGGUCGCUUCCGAACUAAACUCGAAAUAGUCGACUUCCAAAAUAUUCAAUCACUUUCUUGU